CUCGGCGUCACUAUCAGUUCAUCAUCCGUUCGCCGUUCUUUCAUUGGUGAAUCGGCAGAAAGUGGCACAUCGGUGCCAGUGCCUUCAACCUCACUUUUCGUCUUUUGUCCUGACGCUGCACUCAUUGUGCUCACACCACUUGUGUCACUAAGCGAUGACGUUGGUCGCGAAGAGGCUGGAAUUCAUGACUAG